AUGAAUCAUCAUAGAAUGUAUAACAAUAAUAAUAAUAAUAAUAAUAAUAAUAAUAAUAAUAAUAAUAAUACUAAUAUUAACCAAACAAAGAUGUUUACAAAGUCACAUAGAAGAACGGCAUCUGGAGUCAAGAGAAUCGAUAUUACACUAAAUGUAGAAGAGUUGACUGCAGAGGAGAGACUGAGUAGAUCGCUGCAUUCGCACUCUCGAAGACUGUCAAAUGCAACUGAACGACCAAGAAUAUUCGAAUGGUUCUUGGUGAUUGGUGUAGAUGAAUCUACUUUACCAAAUAAUAAUACAAAUACUGCGACUACUCCAAUACCAAUUACUUCUACAUCACCAACUCAACCAAGUCUCCUAUUAUCAGUAUCUAACAACAACAACAACAGUGGAUCACCAACACCACCACCAGUGAGUAGUCCACGAUCGGCAUCACCAUCCUUUUUCUCAUCGUUUGUUAAACCUUCAAUACCUCAUUCUCCCAAACCAACACCACAUGUAGUACCAGAGGUGAGAGCUGCUCCUAAAAUACUCUACCAGUAUCCACCUGACAAACCAAUGGGUUCGAUCAACGUAGAGACAUUCCCAUUCCCAGCAGUUGAUGGAAUACCAGUCACUCAACAAUCUCAAACUGCAUCACAUACCAAUCUAUUCCAACUACUCUAUACACAACAUCAUCUGAAAGAUUAUGAAGAUUCUUUUGUGUUUAUGUUGACUGAUGAACGUAAAGAAGUACUUUAUGGAGUUAGUACAAUGAAGGUGUCACCAAUAUCAAAGAAAUCAGAUAGAGUUGAUGUCAAUGAGGAACCUGAAGAGGGUGAAGCAGCAGUAGAGACUGGUGAUGUAGUCAAGACUGCCCCCAAGUGUUAUGUCAUUCUCUCUAAAUAUCCAUUCUUUCCACUGCACUUUAACAUUCUCAAUGGAGUAUUGGCAAUUAUGCAUAUGCAACAGAUAAGUAGAUUCCAAAAUCUAAUCAGUGCAAAGAGAUUCUCAAAGGCUACACCAAAGACUACAAAUGGUGGCGGUGUGGUAAGUGACAGUAAACCACCAUUACCAUUAAAUCAAUCAACUGCUGCUGGUACAACUGUUACAGUUAAUGGAAAUAAUAAUAAUAGUGGAAAUACAAGUAGAACAAAUUCACCAAUUACCAUUACUACUACAAAUGUAGUUUCUUCAGCUGAAGAUACAACAACUACAACUACUUCGACUAUACCAUCUAUUUCAACAACACCAAGUCAACAAUUAUUAUCAGUACCAAAAAUAGAAAUAACAUCAAUAUCAAAUGAUUUGGAUCAAAAUUUACAAAUUAAAGAUGAUCAACAACAACAACAACAACCAUCAUUCCAAAGUAGAUUACAAAUUAAAGAACCAAUUAAAGAUUUGGUAGAUUAUUAUUAUAAUCAAGCUGUACCAAUGCCAGGACAAACCAUAUCAUUUACCGUUCCCAACUUGGAUACUACCAUUUCAUUUAGAAGAUCAUCACAAAGACCAAGAAAUGGAGUGGUACCAGAGUUAAAUGCAGAUUUUAACGAAUUGUGUCAAGAAUAUGGUCUAUUUUUAACCAUCCAAUUACUAUCUCAUAAAACUCUACUCGUCAUUCUAAGUGCCAUUCUACUUGAAAAAAGAGUAGUAUUUUAUUCAAAAUCAUUAAGAUCAUUAACAAGUGUAAUAUUUGCAGUAACAUCAUUAUUAAAACCAUUUACAUAUCAAUCAGUAUUAUUACCGAUUAUACCAGACUCUUUAAAAGAUGUAUUAAGUGCACCGGUCCCAUUUAUUUGUGGUAUUAAUAGUAUGCCACAUGCAUCAGAGAUUGAUUACAAUGAUGUCAUGUUGGUCGAUAUUGAAAACAACAAGAUUCAAACAACCAUGCCACAAAUCAUUCUCUUCCCAGGCUGGAAACCAUUGUCCAACCAAUUGAUCGAUAUCCAACGACAGAUUAAAAAUACACUCGAGGCAAAGAAACAACUAAACUAUGUGGCCAAUGAAUUGCAAGAGGCUCUACUCGAUGUCUUUGCUCAUGCCAUUACCAAUCAUCUCAAUUCACUCUUUGAACACUUUAAACGACACUGUAUCAAGGAUGUAUCCAAUCCUAAAAAGAUUGUAUCUGUCUUUAUACCUGAAACAUUCCUCGUCUCGGAAUACGACGAUAUCCCCGAGGAAAAGGAUUGGAUCACACAGUUUAUGCGAACCCAAAUAUUCAAAGUAUUUGAAGAUAAAACAUUACGACUGAUCGAUGGUGAUAUACCAGAGGUCGAUGAAAAUAAUACCCAACAAAAUAAUAUUAAUAUUGUAGUAACUAAACCGACUAAUUAA